ACAAUAUGGGAACCCUAAAAUCCUGGUGCAGGUACUUACCAGAUUUGAAGACGGACGUAAGUGUUAUCCUUGGAGAGCAUACCCAAGAAAAUUAGGGGUAAAACCAAUGCUGUUGGUGCCACUGGAAAGCUCACCCCUAAAAAGUAGGUGUAAAACCUUUUCGUCUAGCACAUCUGCCUCACAGUCCCGAGGACCCGGGUUCCGGCUUCACCUGUGUGGAGUUUGCAUGUUCUCCCUGUGCCUGUGUGGGUUUUGUCCGGAUGCUCUGACCACGGUGCUGGUCUGGCUCUGGCCCUUCAGAAAGAGGGACGACCUGAACAUAUGCGCCUCGCGGUUCGACAUUGAUGGCUGCUUCGUGACGACCCACCCGAAGCUCUACCAUCGUCACAUCCGCUCCGGCUCGUCCAACCUGCCGUCGCGCCACCGUCCGUCCUUCCAGAAAUGGAUCUGGAUGAAUCUAGAGUCGCCGACGCACUCUCCCCAGCUGGCUGGGUUCGAUAACCUCUUCAACCUGACACUCAACUACCGCCGUGACGCCGAUAUCACAGUGCCUUAUGGCUCUGUGGUUUCCACCAGGGGACAAGAUCGAGGAGAUGUACCGAAGAUACUUUGAGUGGCGGCGGCACUUUAAGGUGAAGAGGCUGCAGUUUUGGACAGAGCACAUGUGCCUGGCCUGCAACUACACAAACCCAUGAGAAUAUCUGCCUCUGCCUGCUCCAGCUCCUACCCACACGUGACAAAUUCAGUGAAAUGAAUUCAAUCAAUCAUAAUUUCAGUUCUUGUUCAUUUAAGUUUUACAAGGUAUGAAUACUUUUUUUAGUGUUAUGAUUUGUUAAAAAAAUAACAUUUUAUUACCACUCCAGUACAUGUUGCAACUGGAACAAGAUUGUAUGACUUGACAUGGUUGAAAUUUAGCGGCGACUCGACUUGACUUGGUUUUCUUUACCCCUCAGUGACUUAGGACUUGCUUGAGACUUGAAGGCUAUGACUUGUGACUUGCUUGUGACAUACGUGACUGACUCCCAUCUCUGCUCUUCAGCCCAAUUAAGAGGAGAGGCUGAGAUUGCCACUCUUAUGAUCAGUCAGAAACUACUGAAAGCGAAGCAUACUAUGCAGGGGCAAGAGAAAAAAAUG